CCCCAGCUCCAUUUAAAUUGAAACAACGGAAGCGACGCAUGAUGCAAUCCCAGUCCCCUUUCACUACAGACAGAAAUCUCGGCGUACCAACUGGGCCCGGGUUCAAGGUCAAACAAAGUUCCAAGGACGCCACGAAAUUUGUGGACUUCGAACGAAAAGGCAGCACUUGGAAGGAACCAUCAAAGUUUGAAAUACAGAGAUCUGGAAAGGAUUCGACAAAGUUCUGGUCACCGAGAUCGCAGAAGAAAAAGAAGCAUCAUGAGAAACGUGGACGACACACUUCUCCCGACUCCGGACUGGACAGUGACAAAAUGGCCGGAACAAAAACAGGAAAUGACACUACACGUUUGGAAGGAAUAGCAGAGGACAGACAAAAGCUCAAGAGUUUUCCAGAUGCAGAUGAAUAUGCAAAUAAAGAAGAUGAAGUCCUCACUUUCAUGUCAACCAUCAAAUCAGACACUGACGUCACAGGCAAAAUUGUCCACACAAGGCCAGUGGUGGAAGAAGAGCAGCUCUUGGAAAGUUUGAAGGAAUCUGAAGACACAAGUCCAGUUUCCAAGGAUACAGAAAAUCAAUUGAAUGUGUCAGCUGAAGGGAAAGAUUUGAAUGUUUCUCAUGAGGAAGAGGAGAAAAAUUUCCUUCAACACUCUAUUUCCAUUUCUUCUUGGGAGCAAAAGUUUGGGAUUACUCACAAUGCAUCCGAGUUUACAAAUCUGGAUGUGAACAGCCAUAGUGAUGUAGUAGAGGAAAGCUUUCAAAUAGACCAUGUUUCAAAGCUUUCAAAUGAUGCAGAUUCUUUGUCCCAAGAUAUAAAGCAUGAUAGUCAAUCUGAACUCGCUGUUCAUUCAGAUCUGAAAGAAUUCGAAGAUUCUGUUUCUCAAAAAUAUGAAGAUUUUGUUAAUUAUAUCCACAAUGCAUCACAGAAAAUUGUAACUGAAAAAGAACUUAGACCUAAAGGUUCAGCUGUAUCAGAAACCAGCAGUACAUCAAAUAAGUGUUGUUCAGUGGAUGUCGAUACCCAUAAUGCAACAAACAAUGAAUAUAUAUUAACCAAUUUGGCAUAUUCCAAGCAAAACAUCCAAAACAUUUCAGAAGAAUUAAGAGACCUGGUAUAUUCAGAAAAUUCUGGGGUUUUGACUGAAAGCCAGACAAAAACAAACAAUUCAUCGGAUGAAGAAAGACAGGAAUGCAACUCAACCACAGCAACAUGUGACUUUUCCCAUAGUGCACUUCAGCAGGAUCUGACCUUUGACCCAGGUCCUGAACGAGAUUCAGAUUUACGUCUGCAUAUCAGAUCUUUUGGAGAAUCUGUAAAGGAAGACGAUCAGGAGAGCGUGAUGCCACCAACACUAGUUCCAGAAAAACCCAAACCGCAGCUGGUUUCUACACCAUCUUCUCAGCGAAUAGCAACAGAAAUAGAGUCAUCUCCCCUUAGUAGUCCUCUCAGUUUGGCACCAGAUAUCCUGACCUGGUCAAAGUUUGCUACUGGGUCGAAGGUCACAACCCCACCUGUGCUACCUCAUAUUGCAGAAAGACCACCACCAGUUAAAAAGGAAAAGGUUAAGAAGGUCAGACGAGAGGUCAAAGACCAUGAAAAAACAGAGAAAAGACAACUGGUCAAUGGAGACAGGACCGAAAGCAAUGACUUUUCUCAAGUACAUGUGGAGCAGGAACAGGAAGUCACCCUCAUCAGUAGCAAUGAUGAGUUACCUCCCCUCACAAAUGGACACAUCGAGUCACCGGAAUUACCUCCCAUGGAAAUCCCCCCACUUCCAGAAUAUGUGGAAGAGAAAAAGGAAGUAAAGGCGAAGGAGGAUAAAAGAACCCUCAUCAAGCCACUGCCCAAACCUAAAGAGGCAAAGCUCCCUCCCCCACCCACACUUAAAGGACCCAAGAAAUCGGUACUUAAAACAGGACCGAAGAAAAAGACCCGCGUGCCAUCAGCGGAGGCACCAGUUACGCAGGAGGAACUGAAUGAUAUGACCGAUCCACUGGAUUUUCUCACUAAAUACUGCAUAAUACACAUGGACCGUCUACCCUUUUAUGAGAGAAUCUUCAGUAAUGUUGUAGAAACACAGACUCCACGAUACGAACGAGUACAGCCCUUGUCCCCUCGAACAGGAAUGCCUCUGGCCCAGUCAGAAAUGCCUCAGUGGGGAAAACAUGAACUUAGCAUGUUUCGUGACCUAGUUGUUAUUAGUCGAGGACAGGACCCAGACAAAAUUGGCCUGAGUCCUCCGGAGCAGUACCUGGAGAAGAUCUGUUACACACUGGAGAUUCUAACAGACAAACGCAAGGACAUCUGUGCGUGUCUAGGUGAACUGGAAUCAACAAAGAUAAAGAAAUUAGCAGAAAAGGCCAAAGAGGUUAUCAAAGAUAUCAUCAAACCAAACUUCACCCCAAAGGCACCAAAGAAAGGAAAGAAAAAGAAGAAAAAGAAGGGACAACAGUCCACGGAGGAGCCUGAGGCGCCGACCCCUCGUCUCACACUCAACGACAUCACAGAUGAAAUCAUCGUGAGCAGAAUUGACGAAAAAACUAUGAAAAUGCUGUCUAAGGAAGCAGAUAUCUGUCAAAUUAAUCUGGAAAUGGAACGAUGUAACGAAAAACUUGAUCACAUAGAGGAGAGGAUGUUGCACUUGGAUGGCGAGAAGAACAUCCUAGGAAUGUACUGUAUGGAGGUGUAUUUCCUGGAACAGUUAAAUAAUCAGAAGCCUGUGGAAUUUCGCCGAGCUCAAAGUGCCCUCUACAACAAAGUUCAUCCCUCUCCAGAUAUUGAAAUGAAUGUGGACGAACUAGAAGGGUCCCUCCAGAUCAUCAACAAUAAUCUCCUCUCAAAUAAGGAGUUUGAAUACCUCUUUCAUGUUCUUAAUUUACCUGGGAGGAGGAAGCUAAAUUUUAAGUUGUUCAGCAUUGUGGCAGCGUUAUCAGAGAAAGUCACACAGAUGGACCCUGUUGUCCGAAAGCUGAUAAACAAGAUGGACUAUCAUGCCCUGGAUCAUAAGAUGAACAGGUCAAAGGACUUGUUCGCAUUGCUAUGUGAUGGGGAACCAACACCAAGAGGAAACGCAACAGCAUCCAACUUGGCAGUAGAACUGACCGCUGGAGGUUUGACACCAGAACAUGUUAGAGUGGUGCUGAGCAAGUUCAACAGAGAAGGAAGUGGAUACAUUGACUUCAUGGACUUCGUCAUGUACAUCCCGCUAUUUAUAGAAAUACAUGAACGUAUCGUACAAAACCCACUUGAUGUCAAAUUUACAUUAUGAUGAUCCAGUGUUAUAUAAAGGGCCAUCUGAUGGAAAAUUAACAACAAAACAACAUCCACGAGUUUACUUUCAAAUCAAUACAUGGCUGUUAAAAUGGUAUUACACCCGUAGUUAUAUUCUGUCCUUCAGUGUCCUAAUGGGACCAGAAUAAAUACCGAAACUAUACCGACACCUUAAAUAUUUCAGUAAAUUUUGAACAUUUGUUGGUAUAAGAAUUAUAACCCUGUUUUACUACAAAAAUCCUCGAUAAAAAGAUACAUACAGGUGUAUAUACAGUAUAAAAGUAGAUUCUACCUGCUGUUUAUCUCACAAAUUUUCAAAGUUUACUGAAGACAUUUGAUGGCGACUGUCCAUCGAGGUCACUCUACUGUUUGACGUUAGGGUGACACCGUUACAUAUUUAUUCUCUUGUAAGUGCCGCAACCACACAAAAGUCUGCAGUAGAUGCGGAUCGAUGUUAAUUAUAAAUUCAUUCUCUGAAUAUGAUGUUUUUAUAUCACUGCACCCCCAUUAGAAUAUUUAAUAUCACGGUAACAGCACAUAAUUAUAUAUAUGUAUACCCCUGAAGUCACCGUAUAGUAGUUAUAAUUGUAUUUUCUAAAACUUUCACAAUAAUUAUUCAGAUGAUAUAUUAUCCAUAUAUCAGAAUUGUUCCGUUAAAAGCCAUGAUUAUGGCUGAAAGAAAUUAAAUUAUAUUCAUGUGAAUUAUGUAAUAAUUAAUUUUAAUAUCUAAAAUGUGAUGAAGAGCAAUUUUAUACUGUGAUAAUAAUAUGUUAUUAAACGAUCUGUGAUAUUUUUUAUUUGCCAUUGUUAAUUUCAUAUGCAUCAUGUUAUUUUUUGUUUAUAUUUCAAUGUGAUGAACAUAUUUGUUAUUUGUGUCAAUAUGUUUUAAUAGUUGUUUUUUUUUUCAUCUUCAAGAUAGUUUUACCGCUAUUGACACAUUUUUUCUGUGCAAGCAUUGGAUUUUAAAAAUUAUUGCUCAAUUUCAAACUGCACUGCAAACAGUAGUCUUAUUGGUAGGAAUUUAAUACCUUUUGGUAACAGCAGAGACGUGUACUAGUUUAGUAUAGCGGUGAUAUACACGUCUCUGGUAACAGCAGAGACGUGUACUAGUUUAGUAUAGCGGUGAUAUACACGUCUCUGGUAACAGCAGAGACGUGUACUAGUUUAGUAUAGCGGUGAUAUACACGUCUCUGGUAACAGCAGAGACGUGUACUAGUUUAGUAUAGCGGUGAUAUACACGUCUCUGGUAACAGCAGAGACGUGUACUAGUUUAGUAUAUCGGUGAUAUACACGUCUCUGGUAACAGCAGAGACGUGUACUAGUUUAGUAUAUCGGUGAUAUACACGUCUCUGGUAACAGCAGAGACGUGUACUAGUUUAGUAUAUCGGUGAUAUACACGUCUCUGGUAACAGCAGAGACGUGUACUAGUUUAGUAUAUCGGUGAUAUACACGUCUCUGGUAACAGCAGAGACGUGUACUAGUUUAGUAUAGCGGUGAUAUACACGUCUCUGGUAACAGCAGAGACGUGUACUAGUUUAGUAUAUCGGUGAUACACACGUCUCUGGUAACAGCAGAGACGUGUACUAGUUUAGUAUAUCGGUGAUAUACACGUCUCUGGUAACAGCAGAGACGUGUACUAGUUUAGUAUAUCGGUGAUACACACGUCUCUGGUAACAGCAGAGACGUGUACUAGUUUAGUAUAGCGGUGAUAUACACGUCUCUGGUAACAGCAGAGACGUGUACUAGUUUAGUAUAGCGGUGAUAUACACGUCUCUGGUAACAGCAGAGACGUGUACUAGUUUAGUAUAGCGGUGAUAUACACGUCUCUGGUAACAGCAGAGACGUGUACUAGUUUAGUAUAGCGGUGAUAUACACGUCUCUGGUAACAGCAGAGACGUGUACUAGUUUAGUAUAGCGGUGAUAUACACGUCUCUGGUAACAGCAGAGACGUGUACUAGUUUAGUAUAUCGGUGAUAUACACGUCUCUGGUAACAGCAGAGACGUGUACUAGUUUAGUAUAUCGGUGAUAUACACGUCUCUGGUAACAGCAGAGACGUGUACUAGUUUAGUAUAUCGGUGAUAUACACGUCUCUGGUAACAGCAACACAAUUUCACUUUAAGUCAUUCACUAACUUUCCAAGGGAGAUAACUGAACCAUUUCGCAUAGACAGAUGGUCAGGUUAUUACGAAGUAUACAAGUAAGAUGGUACAAAUAGGUAGAUGGACUUUACAGACACGUGGUCUUGAAGGUUUGAAAACAAAAAAUUCUAGACUUGAAAAUUAAAAAUUGAAUGUUCAAGUAAAGAUCAGAUUUUAAAGUAUCCAGGGAUUAGGUCACAUUAACAUAUUAAGUUUAUUUCACAUUUAUAUUUUUAAAAGCAUGCAAAAUUCCCGCCGAUAUGUCAGUAAAUAAUUAUCUUAAGUCUUCAUCAAAUUUUUGUUGUUUUGUUUUUGUUUUGUUUAAUUACUGUGUGAUCACCGAGAAAUGUUUAUAUACACGGUUAUUUCUGGUUAGGAAAUGCAAUUUUUUUCACAACAUGCAAUAUUUGGAAAUAAAUGAUUUAAUAUUAUA